AUGUCCCGAGCCCACACCCCCCUCUCCCCAGACCCAGAAAAGUUGAGGCAAAUCGCGGGGAGCAGGGCGAAGCGGCCGGUCGAGGCCCUGCUUACCUUAACUUCUGACGAGCGCCGCGAGAGCCGGCUCUGGCUGCGGCCCCCGGCCCGGCUGGGCGGCCUGGCGGCCCGGCCGGGUCCCCUCGGUGCGGGACGGGCACCGACCCUCAGCAUCAGCCGAGACAGCGGGCGGGCGGGAGACCCGAGGCCCGGACGCCGCCGCGCUGAGCGUGGUCGCCUCGCUGCUCCGACGCGGCUCGCCCAGGGCGGACUGGGGCGACGUGGACCCCCCCUCCCACCCACCCCACCCACCCCCCCUUCCCCCACACCCCCGCCCCCUGCCCUUCCCGAGGGCAGCAGCCGCAGCCCGGAGAUAAGCGCUGGCGCGGCGCGCGGCUCUGCCGGGGCUAGUGGCACCGACUUGGCCACACAACUUGAAAGGGGGAGCCGGCGCGUAGGAGGUGAGAGUACGCCGCAAAAAAUCCGCUCUGCUGCCUUUUCUCUAAAAACCCGAGGGUCGGAUGUGGCAUUUGAAGAAAGAAGGCGUGGGUCAAUAAUCAACCCGUACUUUCUCCUCCAAACUGCUGACGCGAUUCUCGCCGCCUUCUCAGUUCCGCCAGCUGCAGAAAUUACCCACUGCCUCUGUAACCUUUCUAGGCAAAUCCCACCGCAGUUUACCCGGCUCCUCCAAACCCACCAAGCUUUUCUUUGCUAAGAAGGAUCCCUUGGCUCCUCCAAUGUCCCCAACUCCCCAUGGCUCCCAGUCUCUAAUCCCAGGGGAACUAGAAGACACCUUCAAUACAAGGAUUCUAGCCACAGUGAAGGUGCAGCGUUUGUAUUCAUUCUAUCAUUCAAGGGGCUAGCUGUCUCGCUUCACAGCCGCACAGCCACAGCCGGGGAGGAAGGUGAGGAGUAAUUGUUGACGGGAGAGAUCACAAAAUUCCACAAUGAGGAGGGAAGUACUGAGGAAAUAUACUUGCCUGUGAGGGUGAAACUGACAUUUUGAGGGCAGAAAGGGACCAGUCCUUACAAUAACCAAUAGUGCAGGUAAAAUGAAAUGGAUUUAGCACUUUCCCUGGAAGGAGAAAAAACAAAACCCGUGCUCUAUAAAAGCAUCUAUUGGCUGCUUCUUACUGUGCAUGCUUUUAACAGGAGUCCAUCGCUAGAUAUUUAUUCUGCUUGCAGGCACUGAAGUGACAAUAAAAAGAUGCCUCUAACAAACCUCUAUUCCCUUUCUCAUUCUUUCUAGUGAAACUAUAUUAUUUAUGAGUGUUUAACUGGGUCAAAAAUGCGCCAGAACUGGGUCAUAAAUCAUAUGAAAUGCUGACAAGUAAUUGAACAGCAAUUAAAGCUUACAUUUUAUUUCCAAGGGGUGUUUUAGAGCACUUGAAACAGCCUCAGUUAAACAUGGUUACCACUGAAGUCGGCCUGGGGGAGGGCACGGUGGCCCUCCUUUUGGGGAAGCAGAUCCCAAUCCAGUAAGGGAAGUUUGCAAUUUGCUUUUUUUUUUUUUUCAAAUAAAGAAAGCAAAAAAGAUUUUUUUAAGCUGAAGGGGAAAAUUGAUUUUUAAAAACUCAUCCUUGGUACAGGAAGCCGAGGAAAGA